AUGAAUGUGCCGAUCACUUCGCGGCUGCACAGGAGAAACGCAAUGGACCUCCACAAAAUCAUCCACAGUGCGCUGCACGAAUUUAUCCAGAACUACAUUCCUGAUGCAGAUCUCAGCACACUGGACGAUGUUCUCCUGUCCUACAUCACUGGAGUCCUGGAGGACCUCGGCUCCCAGCAGAGUGUUGAGGAGAAUUUUGAUGUGGAGGUCUUUGCAGAAAUGUUGGAAGCUUAUAUACCUGGCUUUGCCAAAAUAGACAGUGUCAAAGUUUGUGAGAUGAUGUUCAGUCUAGCUUCAAAGCUAGCUUCUGCACGGACUUCAGCUAAUGAGGAAAAUGGUGUGCCUAAGGAAAGGUCAGAGGAGUUAUCUCUGAAACUGGCCACUCUUACCAGUCAGCCCCCACCACAGAGGGAACCGCAGUGCCUUCAAACUCAGACAGAGGGCGCCACUGCAAAGCGGCCGGAGUCAGAAUGGGAGUCCCAGGAGCAGCACCUGCUGGAGAUGUUCCCAAAGUGCAGUUUGUCGGAGGCUCGCAGCGCCCUGUCCAUCGCCAAAGGAGACAUGGAAGAAGCAGUGCGUCUCAUCAUCGAAGGCGACGUUCAGCUGAGCCCGACCCCUCUAAACGUAAACCAGGGGAAGAGCAUUGCUGACCAGAAACUUAAAGAGACCAUUCUCGAGAAGUACAUGCUCGUCGACAGCGAGGAAGAUAACAAGACACACCGGCCAGUCGCUCCAAAAGAAGCUCCAAAGAAACUUGUCCGUUACCAUGGCAACCAGGUAGUAACCACUAAAGGAGAGCGAUACCAACUCGUGAAGAAAAGUGAGACUGAUGACAUGAAAAAGACUUAUGUCAACCUGAAGCCGGCAAGAAAGUACAGGUUCCAUUGA